AUGGAGGCGCAUCUGGAGGCACAUGAUCUCUGGGAAGCUAUGGACGAGGACUACGAAGUUCCUCUACUACCUGCAAAUCCAACUAUGGCGCAGAUCAAGAAUCACAAGGAGCAGAAAUCCAGAAAAUCAAAGAAUUUCUUGAAGAAGGAAUAUGAAGGAGAUGAGAGGAUUAAAGGAAUGAAAAUUUUGAACUUGAUCAGAGAGUUUGAACUACAAAAGAUAAAUGACUCUGAGACGGUGAAGGAGUACUCUGACAGAUUACUUGGAAUUGCAAACAAAGUAAGAUUACUUGGCUCUAAAUUCCCUGAUUCCAUAUUAGUUCAAAAAAUUCUGGUUACUGUUCCUAAAAGAUUUGAAGCUACCAUUUCCUUAUUGGAAAACACCAAAGAUGUGUCAAAGAUUAGUUUGGCAGAAUUGAUGAAUGCCUUGAAGGCACAAGAACAGAGAAGGCUCAUGAGGUCUGAAGGGUCUAUUGAAGAAAUAGGACAUCAUCAAAGAAUUUGCAAGAGCAACAUUCAAGAGAAGAUUGUGACACAAGUAAAUUUGCAGCAAAAGAAUGUUGCUCAAGUUUCUGAUGAGGAACAAGAGGAGCAACUCUUUGUAGCUUCUUGUUUUGCAAUCUGUCAAUCAAGUGAGAAAUGGCUCAUUGAUAAUGGUCGUAUCAACCAUAUGACAUUUGAUCAUGAUCUCUUUGAGGAAUUGGAUACUUCAGUAGCUUCCAAAGUGAAGAUCGGCAAUGGAGAGUAUAUUGCAUUCAAGGAAAAAGGCACAAUGGCAAUUGAAAGCACUUCAGUGUUUGGAUGCUUGUUCUUUGUUUAUGUUCCUCAAAUCAAAAGAGAUAAAUUAGAUAGAAGGGCAGAAGCGGGGAUCUUUGUUGGUUACAGCACAAUCUCUAAAGCUUACAGAAUCUUCCAACCAAAUACUAAGAAAAUCUUGAUAAGCAAAGAUAUGCAUUUCAUGGAGAAUGAUGAGUGGGAUUGGGAAGGAAAACAAUCAGCUUUGGUUCCUGACCAAGUUCCAAAAUUGCAGCUCAAAGAAGAUGAGUUGGUCGAUGAUAUUCCUGAUAGAGAUACAAUCAGGUUAUUACUUGCAAUAGCUACGCAUAAGGGUUGGAAAGUUUAUCAAGUUGAUGUUAAAUCAGCAUUCUUAAAUGGUUUCUUGGAGGACGAGAUUUUUGUCCAGCAACCUGAGAGAUUUGUUGUGAAAGGGCAAGAAGAUGAUGUGUACUUGCUCAAGAAGGCCUUGUAUGGCCUAAAACAGGCUCCAAGAGCUUGGUAUAGUCUAAUUAAUGAGCACUUGAUGAUACAGUUGGGUUUCAGAAAAAGUCUGAGUGAAGCUACCCUUUACAUCAAAGGUGAUGAAAUCAAUUUUGUUGUUGUUUCAUUAUAUGUGGAUGAUUUGCUCGUUACAGGAAACAAUGAAGAACUUGUGAAAAAUUCAGAGAAGAUAUGA